UUAUAGUAACGAUAUGAAACGUGAUAUUAAUAUAAACUAUUUUUCUUUCAAAAAACCAAACCUAUGCCUACAAAGUGUAAAGUGUAAACCAACCUCUGCGAACAUCGUUUUCUUAGGUGAGGGGUUUGAGUCCCCAUUUUGUAUUUGAGCUUUAUACUCACGACUCAUCUUCCUUGAACAUCAUCAAAACUGAUAUAACUAUUUUUCACUAGUCAUAAGGAUUAGUGUCCGAUUUUAUCCUUGCUAGUCUCGAUUGGAUUCACAAUUUCUCUCCUAGCAAUCAAAUCUUAUUUGGUCUUUGUUCUGAUUUGCUUAUUCAAUCCCGUCUCCCAUCGUUCUUGUGCGCCACCGAUAUCUUUCUAGGGUUCCUCGUAUUCGAUUUGAGGUAUGGAUUGGGGCAACGUGACAACGGAUGAUCUGAUCGAGGCACUACGGGAGGUUGACUGGUCAUCGCCACCGCGUCCCUUCUCGGAGUUCUUCUCCCGAUUUACUGUCCCUCGCUCCUAUGCGAAAUGGAACAGCCGCCUUAAGUGCAAUCUCUACUACUACCGAACAAAUUAUUUCCUCAUGAUUGUUUUUAUUCUCGGAAUGGGAUUUCUCAGGAGGCCACUAUCUAUAGUUGCUGCACUUUUGACAGCUCUAAGCAUUGCUUUUCUGAAUGACAGCUUUGCAGGCACUUUUAAUGAAAAGGUCACAAGAACUGUCAGGCAGUUUUCUCCUCAUUUAGCCGCUAAAAUGAGGCCUCCCCUUACACCUGUUAUUCGAGGGCGCCCAUCAGCUAAACGAGCUAUAUAUAUAUGUGGACGACCCCGAUGGACGUUUGUCUUGGUAUCCUCUAUAAUGAGUAUGCUGCUUUGGUUUGUCUCCUGUGGUCUUAUAAUGGUGUCAUGGGCGUUGGCUAGUGGCCUUCUCGCCACACUUGUUCAUGCAAGCUUCCGAACUCCCAACUUGAAAGCUCGUCUAAACACAUUUCGUGAAGAGUUCCGAUCAGUCUGGCGCAGUUACAGUGAGCUGUAGCAUUUUGAAGUUUAUUGCAUGCUAAUCAAUCAUGGAGAUUGAACGUGGUGCACAAACUGCUGCUGGGUGCUAUGCUGAUGCGUUUCUUUCUGCUGGAGAUGGUAGUUUUUACCCGUUACUGGCCCCAUCCCUUAUUGUAGAGGCCAUUUGUAAAUGGUGUUGAAAUCUACUUGUAUGAUCUUGGUCCAUUGAACGAUAUUUCCUGAAUGUGAAAUUGCUGAAAACACUUCUCAUAUAAUCUAUUUCCCUAGUCUUUAUGGGGAAAAAACCAUUGCCACGUCUACUGUCCCAACUCCCAAGGAUGUCAAUCCACUGUCACGUAUCUUUUUCUUACAUUUGAACUCGUGUAUUUCAUGAGUCAUGACCCCUUUUUACACUUUUUGGAGUUUUAGCAUUUUUGGCC